GAAGCUCAGGUACAGACGGCUGCUCUGCUCUCUGCUACACCUCUACUGAACAACCCCAGCAGACUUGUGAAAGUGAAAGUAAAGUGGCUGUAUUUGUUGUUGGAAAAUGGCUUCAAGACUAGAGGAGGAGAUAUCUUGUCCUGUGUGCACUGAGAUCUACAAGGACCCUGUGCUCCUGACCUGCUCCCACAGCAUCUGUAAAGCCUGUCUGCAGCAGUUCUGGAACACCAAAGGAUCCAGAGAAUGUCCAGUCUGCAGGAGGAGGUCAUCAAAGGAGAAACCUCCACUUAGCCUGGCGUUAAGAAACUUGUGUGAGGUGUACUUACAGGAGAGAAGUCAGAGAGGAGCACUGUGUAAUCUCCAUGGUGACCCACUCAGGCUGUUUUGUCAUGAUGAUCAACAGCUUGUGUGUUACUCGUGUCGAGACUCAAAACUCCACAGGAGUCAUCAGUUCAGUCCUGUUGAUGAAGCAGCAGCUGACCGAAAGGAAGAGCUCAAAAUCAAACUAGAUCCCAUGAAAGAGAGGCUGAAGGCUUUUGAAAAAGCAAAACUCACUUGUCAUGAAACAGCUGAACACAUGAAGACUCAGGCCCAGCACACAGAGAAGCAGAUCAAGGAGGAGUUUGAGAAGCUUCACCAGUUUCUACGAGAUGAAGAGGCAGACAGGAUAGCUGCACUGAGGGAGGAAGAGGAGCAGAAGAGUCAGAUGAUGAAGGAGAAGAUUGAGAAGAUGAGCAGAGAGAUCUCAUCUCUUUCAGACUCAAUCAGAGCCAUAGAAGAGCAGAUGGGAGCUGGUGACAUCACAUUCCUGCAGCAGUGCACACUGCAGGAUCCAGAGAGGGUUUCAGGAGCUCUGAUCAAUGUGGCAAAGCACCUGGGCAACCUGAAGUUCAGAGUCUGGGAGAAGAUGCAAGAUGCUGAGACUGUUCAGUACACUCCUGUGACUCUGGAUCCCAACACUGCACACCCACUUCUCAUCCUGUCUGAGGAUCUGACCAGUGUGAGACGUGGUAAUGAGAAGCAGCAGCUUCCUGAUAACCCAGAGAGAUUUGAUUCGGCUGCCAGUGUCCUGGGCUCUGAGGGCUUUAACUCAGGGACUCACUGCUGGGAUGUGGAGGUUGGAGAGAACACACGGUGGAAUGUGGGUGUGAUGACAGAGUCUGCCCAGAGGAAGGGAGACUUUAACUCCAUGAGUGGACGCUGGAUUGUGCAAUAUAAAGAUGGUGUAUAUGCAGCAGGUGCUCCACCACGACUCACUCGCCUCACAGUGCAGCAGAAACUCCAGAGGAUCAGAGUGCAGCUGGACUGGGACAGAGGAGAGCUGUCAUUCUCUGACCCUGAUAAUAACACACACCUACACACUCUCAAACACACUUUCACUGAGAGAGUGUUUCCAUAUUUUAAUACUGGUGAAUUUCCUCUGAGUAUUGUACCAGUGAAGGCCUCUGUGUCAGUAGAGCAGCCCAGUUAGAGCAGAAACUGUCUCUGUCUGAACAAGAGCCGACAUGCAGAGAUGGAUGGAGAUAUUUGGGUGUCAGUCAUGAGUCACUCACACAGUAUCUCUGAUAUCUGACCUGUGAGGCAUCAUCAUCAUACAAUGAAAUAGAAUUAGCUUUUUUUUUUAUUUACAAAUUGGGUAUGUUUAUGUAGCACCUGUUCUGUGCACGCUUGAACAUAAUUUCAUAUGAGAUACAUUUAGAGAGGUCACUUCCCUAGAGGGGCAGACAGAUGAGUACUGCCAUCUAGUGGCGGUUAUUGUGUAACUACACACUCUCCUCUCACCUGUGAGGUUUCCAGUAGAGCAGCAACACAGCACAGCUGCAGCUGGUUCUGCCUCUGUCUGAUCUGAGGUCAGAAAUGCUGGAGAUUAAACAGCACUAAAGAGACUGAGAGCACUGCAGUAAACACAAACUCCUGCACAGCUGAACGCUGAUCAGUACAGAAAUCCAAUAAAUGAUUUGGAGAUACAUCAUUAAAUUAAAUAAAAUGUCUUUGAUUUGCAGGUGCAUCAUUUGUGAUUGUUAGUGUUGGUUUGUCUCUUCCCUUCACAAGCAGAUGAAAGGUCAACUCUACACCAGUAAUUGAUCUUUACAGAGGGUAGACAUUUUGAAAUGUUUGAAGAACCAGAGCAAGAACUGUGUGAUGUGUGUGUGUGUGUGUGUGUGUGUGUGUGUGUGUGUGUGUGUGUGUGUGUGUGUGUGUGUGUGUGUGUGUGUGUGUGUGUGUGUGUGUGUGUGUGUGUGGCAGAUUAAGUGGCAGAUUAACAUAAUUCACACGUUGGAUUGCUUUAUAACCUUUAUAACCUGCAAAUAUUUCUGUCUCAUUUUCCAUUUUGAUUCACAUAAUGUGUUGUGUGGAAAUUGUGUAUGUGUAGUGGUUUGCUCAGUGUGUAUACGUGCAAAUGUGUACAAUGUUCCAUAUUGCAAAAUUCUAAAUUACGUUUAUUGCCACCACAUA